AUGGACCUGCCAGCACCACCUCGUCAUUACCAAAACGGAUUGUACUCAUCUUUGAGGGUAGACACACCCACGAGCGAAGUCCCUCCAGUAAUCCACUCCGAUGCUUCUCUGGAUGCUGCUCUCGAGUCCUUCUCAGCAGCGGAGUUACGCCAGCUCCUCCGCCUGGCUAUACAGAAACAUCCUUCUCUUGCCUCUGAUGUGACGUUAGAACACGCACAGCAAUCGUCUUUCAAAGCAAGCAAAUCAGUGAGCUUCGUCCACUACAGCAACAGUGUCUGGCACACUCUGAACGCCAAGCAAUACUCUGACCCAGACAAAGAGCACCAACACGCCGACAGAGCAGUGCAAAAAGUAGCAAAUGAUAUAAGCACUGUGGCUUCCCAAGUCCACAGGCAAAGCUCUCUCGCCACUAAGAAGAACGCCCUGGAAGCCCUGCGCAAGAUUGGCAGAAGCGUCUGUCUAGCCACUGGUGUAGUGGGAGACAGAGUGAAAGAAGUCUUGGGUUGUAACAAGAUAUUCGUAGCUGCAAUUGUCAAGGUAGCGAAUAGUUUCACAGAGGAUGAUCGGAGGACGCUGUGGGCUGGUGGUAGUGGAACAGAGAUUCUGAAGAGGCUUGACCAGCUUGAUGAGUUGAGGAAGUGUUAUCGUGUCUUCGAAGGGUUUGAGGUUGUGUUGGAGCUGAUGAAGAGAGAGGAUGGCUUGGAUGGGAGUUUGUAUUGUUGA